AUGAGAGAACUCACGGUGUCAGCGAAAUGGGCUGAUGGAACGAUCGUCGUGGACACCACAAUUGAAGUCGAUUCAUCAGCCGCUUCGCCGCUGUACUUCAAACUGAACUUGAAGACGUCAAAGUUGAUUUCUGUGCAUCUUGGAGCUCAGACCGAAAGCAAGAUCCAGGAGACAAAGGACGAAUCAGCAACCCGGGAGACACAAAAAUCGAUUCCUCUUCAGUCCAGCUCGCUCCCUGUCCACCACGAAACUGAGAACGAGAACGGAAACAUCGUGGUGAAUUCGACGUGCGAAAAGAUGGCGGCGCCGGAAGUAAAAGAAGAAAAGUUCGACCACUACCUUCUUUGGGGCAAGAGGCCGUAUUCUGAGAUUUGGCCGUUUACUGUCACAGCAGAGAACGGGAAUGACCCAGAAGUUCUGAAGAAAAAAGAUGAGUAUUGGGAAGAGGUGAGAGCCGAGCACUGCCAAGAGCUGCAGGAGCAACCACAUCAAGAACAGCAACAGGAGGAAGAGAAGAUGCAGCAAGUGGUUGAGGAAAUUUCGGAAGAGGAUCAACGGAAGAAGAAGCUGGAAGAGUGCUGGAAUAUUAAGCGGUCGAUGGAGAGUUUUGACAAAAAGCAGCUGGAAGAUUAUCAGAAGAAAAAGCAGCUGUCAACAGCCAAACAUCCUGAUCCACAUACACCUGCUUUAUGGUAAGUGAUAAACAAAACCCAAUAUAUAACCCAUUCUCUGUAAGACUCGAGCAAUGAGGGACAUAGGGAAAGAUUUUCACGUGAGCAUGUAUAUGGGGACUAGUGUGCACCAUAUGCACAAUAUUGGGUCCCAGCUCCGCGCUACGGUAGUACGGUAGGUGCUCAAAGGUGCAUAACUCGAUUUUUUUCAAAAAAAUCGUGGAACGCUAAAACUUUUUUUGGGAUGUGUACAUCUUUAGAGUAUUCCCCUGUCAAAUUUCUCAAGUCUAAAAAAUUUCUAUUCGUGCGUUAUGAUGGAAAAUCAUCAUUUUUUAGUACUUUUUCUUAAAAAAUAAAAAAUUACGGGGUUUAGCAGGUCAUUGGGACACUAACGAUCAACUACAAAAAUAUGCACCAACAUUGUGGCUUUUGGCAAAAAAAAAGACAGAGUCAAUUCACCUUGUCCGAAGCUUGUUAUGACAGAUAUUCUGAACGUAAUUUUACCAAGUUUGACAGUCAAACCAAUUUUUGUUGCUGUAAUAGUAUUCUGGUGUGUUGCAUUUGUGGAAAUAAGACAGAAAAGGUACUAUUAGACAUUUGAAAAGUGUCUCCGCAAAUAAUUAUGAAAUAUUAAAAUUGUAAAAAUCAUUUUUUCCACAAGCUAAUCGAAAUUAUGCCGAACACAAUUUAUGUCAGAUACAAAGUGCUGAGUCUUGUUUAAAUUAUUUUUUUCGAUUAUUUUUUUGAUUUCCGUAUAGUUAUUAACCUUUUUUUUCUGAAUCAAUGGAGUACCUUUUUUUCAUUUUAUUUUAUUUGGUCAAAAACACAUUAAUUAAAAAAGCUUCACACUUCGAAGAUAUCAUUUCUUGAAUUUUCGACUUCAAUGAUUAUUUUGUCAAAGUCACUAUUCUCUUCAUUAUUUUCAUCGUAGACGUCCUCCGAGUCAUCGUACUCCUUUGAGUUUAACUCUUUUACAACUAGUUUCACUCAGGGUGAGCUCCCGAGACUGAAUUCCCGAGAAUUGCCGGAAAAAGUGAUGAGAGAACUUCCCGGGAAGCGCUUUCCCGAGAAGUGUGAAGACUUCUCGUUCCCGGGAACGAGAAGUAUCGAUACUUCUCGCUACCAAGACUUCCCGGGAACGAGAAGUGCGAAGACUUCUCGUUCCCGAGAACGAGAAGUCUCGAUACUUCUCGCUACCAAGACUUCCCGGGAACGAGAAGUCUUCACACUUCUCGUCACCGAGAGGUAGACAAAAGUCUCGACUACAAAAUGCGAGAACCGCUUUGUUUGUGGAUGCGUAGCUGUCGGAAAACCAUUCACGAAAAAAAAUUCACCCUCCGGCCACAAAACAGAGCGGCGGCCCCGAGAGACUCUGUGCAGACCGAGAUUGUGAUGAAAACCGAUUUUCUGCGGACGAGGUGUGGGGAAAACAUUCAUGGAAGAACUGUCUACUUUUUAGAAACGAUUCAAUAUACGAAACGUGUACUGAAUCCUCGGCCGCGCUCCUCAAAACGUUCCUGGGAGAAGUAUGAGAGCUGAGAACAGUUCUUAUAAGUGUAGACUUGUAAAACAUUUAUCAUUUAUUGCACAAAAAAUUGGUCACGUUCGUUCACAGGUCUCGGCAUUUCUCGUUCACAAGAAGCCUCGUUUUCGACACCAUUACUUGACAAGAACGAGAAGACUGAAGACUUGUAGUUCCCGAGAAGUCUUGGUAGCGAGAAGUAUCGAGACUUCUCGUUCCCGGGAAGUCUUGGUAGCGAGAAGUAUCGAGACUUCUCGUUCUCGGGAACGAGAAGUCUUCACACUUCUCGGGAACGACGCUUCUCGAGAAGUUCUCUCAUCACUUUUCCCGGCAAUUCCCGGGACUUCAGUCUCGGGAGCUCACCCUGGUUUCACUAAGUCCUCGUUUGCUUUUCUCUUAGCUCGCUCUCUCGAUUCCACAUCCAGCCUGCUUGGUGGUGAAAUCGAUCAGACAUGCCAGUGAUGCCGAUGAUGAUCUCGUUCUGUUCGUACUCCCUCCAAUAGAGCAGCUGAGCGAGCUAAGAGAGAAGCAAACGAGGACUUAGUGGGACUAGUUGAAAAGUAGUUAAACUCAAAGGAGUGCGAUGACUGGGAGGACGUCUACGAUGAAAAUAAUGAAGAGAAUAGAGACUUUGACAACAAAAUAAUUGAAAUCGAAAAAUCGAGAAAUGAUAUCCUCGAAGUGUGAAGCUUUUUUAAUUAAUGUGUUUUUGACCAAAUAAAAUAAAAUAAAGAAAGCACUCCAUUGAUUUAGAAAAAAAGGUUAAAAACUAUACGGAAAUCAAAAAAAUAAUCGAAAAAAAUAAUUUAAACAAGACUCAGCACUUUGUAUCUGACAUAAAUUGUGUUCGGCAUAAUUGCGAUUAGCUUGUGGAAAAAAUUAUUUUUACAGUUUUAAUAUUUCAUAAUUAUUUGCGGAGACAUUUUUCAAAUGUCUAAUAGUACUUUUUCUGUCUUAUUUCCAAAAAUGCAACACAUCAGAAUACUAUUACAGCAACAAAAAUUGGUUUGACUGUCAAACUUGGUAAAAUUACGUUCAGAAUAUCUGUCAUAACAAGCUUCGGACAAGGUGAAUUGACUCUGUCUUUUUUUUUGCCAAAAGCCACAAUAUUGGUGCAUAUUUUUGUAGUUGAUCGUUAGUGUCCCAAUGACCUGCUAAACCCCGUAAUUUUUUAUUUUUUAAGAAAAAGUACUAAAAAAUGAAGAUUUUCCAUCAUAACGCACGAAUAGAAAUUUUUUAGACUUGAGAAAUUUGACAGGGGAAUACUCUAAAGAUGUACACAUCCCAAAAAAAGUUUUAGCGUUCCACGAUUUUUUUGAAAAAAAUCGAGUUGUGCACCUUUGAGCACCUACCGUACUACCGUAGCGCGGAGCUGGGACCCAAUAUUGUGCAUAUGGUGCACACUAGUCCCCAUAUACGUGCCCAUAAAAUUUAUAAGCUCUACCUGCUCUACCGGCUCUAUGUCCACCUCCACUAGGACCAUGCUCGAGUCUUACAGAGAAUGGGUUAUAUAUUUAUAUUUAUUUUGUUUCAGUAUUCCCCCAAAGAAACCGCUCUGGGAGAAUCAGAAGCGUCUGACUCCUGAAGAAGAACGUCGGGAACAGAUCAAGAAGGUUGUAAGAAAGCACUACCACCAAUUGAGAAAAGAAAUGAAAUUCCCAAAAGAACCGAAAAACAGAUGUAUGUUUACCCGUGAAGAACAAGACGACAAUGAGAAGGAGAUUGACAUGUUAGUUGAUAGCAUGAUGAUGGUGAAGGAAACUGAAGGAUCAAUCGACACCAUCGACUUUCUGAAAAAAUAUUUGAUACGAUUGAAAGCCGAAGAUGUCAAAAAAGGAGUGCCUCGCAAUGAAGAGCAGCAUUCGGACAACAUUGUGAGUGAUAAACCAAACCUGCAACAUUGUCACAAUGUGAUUUUGAAGGAUUCUUGCCUGCUUGCAACUGAUGCCGAUUCUGGACAGGCUCCGAUGGAUGUGAACGAGAAAUUGGACGACAAAUUGCAAGAGGACUCUGACGGUUCUGAUUUGGAGGAGCACGAAUCAUCGAAUACAGAAGUCUGCGCAUGCGAAACAAGUUUCUCUCGGUGCGCAUCGAAUGUGCCCGAAGAAAACAUGAACGACUCUAAUUUUGGUGAAACUAGCGACUCUGACUCGUGGGAUCUACUACCGUCGCAAAGCUCUUUCAACUCUUCAAUAGCUUUGAGCGUCAUUGAAAAAGUAAUCAGAAUUUGAAUUGGGAAUCACUAAAAUAUGCGUGUUUUCAGACGGAGAACGCAGAAACGGAGAGCAAUGAAGAUCAACGGCCUGCUUCGAGAGGAAGUCUGGACAACGAGGAUUCGUUGUCGACUUUGGCCGACGACUUGAAAAACAUGGGGAGUGUUUUGGACGCGCUGGACGAAAGCGUUUCGCAACAUUCCAAUCAAGUACUUGGACAGUUCGAGAAGGACAUUCGUCCGGAAGAGAACAUGAAUACACCAGAGAAGCCGUCAAAAUCGGAGCUUCACGAGUUCUUCGAUGCAGUGGAGAAGCAAGAGAGUGAGAAGGAAUCGUGUCUGGAGGAAUCAACUGCGUCUGUUGCCCAUACCGUCAACCCAGUUCAGCCUUCGGAGCAAUCGACAUCGCCACAGAACCCGAGACCUCCUCGUGUUUCCGAUUUCGCGUCUGAGAAAUUGGCCUAUUGGCGGGGUCUUAGAACACGUGUUGAAGCGGAUUCUCGGAGCAGUUCGUCAUGGACUGAGGACAGUAACAGCACAAUUUCUGACGAAGAAUUGGAGUCUGGGUAACGAUAUGAUCUUUUGAAUCUCUUUCUUAUGUGUGUCUUUCAGGGAAGAGCCGAUGAGACGAGGCAAGCAAAAAUUCGCUUCGAGUACUCCAAAUGCACCGAAUGAUUCUCAACGUCCCAUUGAUGAUGAUCAGAGAAUGCCAGUGGGCCAAGAAUCAACCAGUCCUUUAGACAACGUGUUUCAAAUCUCGAACGUUUUUCAAUUUUCAGGAAAAUGUCGCAUGCAUCCACAAAUUCUGCACAAUCAGAAGAUGUUGAACAAUCAGAAGAUGUUGAAACGAUUGGAAGAAGCUCCACGUUUGGCCGUUCCGCCAUCUACUGUGCCCACAAUAACUGCAUUUUGGAAUGAUCCAGAAGAAUCCAAUGAAUAUGGUAUUUGUACAUAUUCUAACAUUUAAACUUAUCAUCACUUUCGAUUUUCAGGCAACAAUACUCCGCCACCUCGCCGUGAUUUCAGUAAGCCUCCUUCAUCCCACGGAUUCCAACGCCACACAGAAUACAAUCCGGAGGCUCAGCAAGAGCAAACGUACCAACAAGAAUCCAAUCGAUACUGUAUGAACAUAUUUACUUGAUCCCGUCAUCACUUCCGAUUUUCAGGGAAUGCUCCGCCACGUCGGUACGGAUCUCAACGACACAGUCCGGCGCCUCAUCAGCCUUACAAUUAUUAUCGGAAUGAUCAACAAUCUUCAAAUAGAUACAGUAUGUAUAACCCAUCGUUCUUCAUCUUACAACCAGUCUCAAUUUUCAGGUGAUGCUUGUUCAUAUUACAACUACAGUCCUUCAUCUGUCGGAAGCUACCGUCAAUUCAACCCGGCGUCUGACCAAUAUCAGCCGACUACUGGUGAUUACUAUCGGCAGAAUGACUCCUAUGGUACGCGAAUGUUCUUUUCUUCAAAUUUGAUUUACACGUUUUGUUUCAGACACUCGAAAUGGGCCGAACUAUUAUACUCAAAAUGACUCCUAUAAUCAACCACAAUAUCCUGUCCGUCAACAAUACCCGCCCGCUGCCAGAUACACGAACAAUUAUCAAUAG